UCGAUGUUGUGACAAGUGUUUUGAUCUGUAAUCCACAACAAAUAUUUGUUUAUUAUGUUGUGACGUGAAAGGAAAUAACGACGCAGUCGCUGAUGAAUGGGAAGUGUCGUUGUUUAAUAGACAAACGUAGUAAUGGAAAUUAGUGUGAAAUUAUUGCCAUUCAUAACUACUUCCCUGCUGGUUUUGACAAUUAUCGUCACCUUCUGUUUGUCACUAAGUAAGAAACAUGUAGUUGGUAGCCUGCCAUAUAUAAGCGAUACAGGAACUAAAACUCCAGAAAGUUGUAUAUUUGGCCAAGCAUUAAACAUAUUGUGGGUGUUACUUUCCUUUGCUGUAUACGUUAAAUACAGACAAGUGAAGGAUAUAUUGAACAGAUAUAAUAUGGACAACAAGAAACUUUUAAACAGAACAGCUAUGCAAAUAGGUUUAGGAGCAGCUUUUGGAAUCAGUAUUGUGGCAAAUUUUCAGGAAACCAAUUUGUUUUACAUUCACUGGUGUGGCACAAUUUUAGCUUUGGGACUUGGUGCUGUUUACCAGUGCAUGCAGACUGUCCUCUAUAAAAAUUUAAUGAGAAUACUUGGUCAAAGGAAAAUUACAUCGCUGAGGAUGGUUUUAUCUGUAAUUUCUGUGGCAACAUUUAUGACACUUCUUAUUUGUGCGGUGAUUGCGUACCAACAGAAGAAAAAUGAAAAUUACUUACACUGGCCUGAAGGAGACGGCGGUUUCGUUUUCCACAACGUCAGCGUGAUGUUUGCGUGGAUUUGUACCGCCUCAACUACGCUGUACGUGACAUUAUUCUACUGGGAAUUUAAGAAAAUAACUUUAUACGAACCCGACGUGUUUGUUAAAGAUAAAAUCACUAUCGACCUAAAUAUGGCAAGGACCAAUGAGGGCUUCCAAGAUGCUUGAGAUGGUGUGCGAUGCAAAAAAUAAAAUUGUUUUCCCUAAUUUUUUUUGUAGCUCGUUAUACUUCGAUGUUUUUUAAAUCAGAUUUUUUA